CAAAAGUGUGUUCGCUGCAUUUUUCUGAGGACUCAUUCGCAGUACCAAAGAAAAAAUCAAAAGUUCCCGAUUGCAAGAAAAGACAGCGCCUUUUACCGACUGCUAUACCGACUUUAUUUUUAACGUCAACAGAAAAGAGAGCUGAUAAUCCAGUAAACUUGGAUUUAAAUAUCAUUCGUCAAGAAUUUCCACUUGUCUGCAAUCCAGGCACAAGCAGGGUUAUAGCCGAUGAGCGUGAAAAAACCAACAGUGGAACUGACGCAUUGAAUGAAUUAUGCGAUACAAAUGAAAAUCUUGAUGGUCCGAAUGAAACUGAUGGCAUUACAGCAACACCAAAAAGGCAUUCUCGAAGUAAUCCGUGGUUGAACAAACGGUAUCGAGUUAUUCGUUCACCACCAAGUGCAUUACAUACACUCGAGAAUGAAUGCAAUUUUACGUUUCCUAGAAGAUCAUUGAGAUUUCAACCGUAUGCAUACAAUGUCAGAGCAAGCGCAUUAAGAAAGCGCAAACAACGUGGCAAGGCGCAUUCAAAAAGAAGCGCUGAAGUUACUCCAGAAGGAGCAAUAAUAUGCAGCGACGAAAAUACCCCUUUGUCGACACGUAGACAACGCUUUUUCAUGGACAACUGUGAUGAAAGCGUCAUUACCAGUGCCUCAAAGCCGACCGAAAUGGACAAGUUACGAGCAGAAGUGACGUUACUUAAGGCAGAAGUGCAUCAUUAUCGGUCACUGCACGCAUUUCACAUGCAAUCAAAUUGCACAGAUUUGGCAAUGCAAACACCAGUAGAAGCAGAAAACGAGGCAUUGAAGUAACAAUUGCAAGAGAAAGAGGAACAAGUAAAGAAGAUUUCUGCCGAAAAGGAAGAAAUGUUAAAAUUAAUUAACGAUCUUCAAGCACAAUUGGCGAGCAUUACUGCAAUCGAAAAAGCCCCUCAAGAAUACGUUAGAACGCUAUUAAAACCCUACUUCACAGAAGGGCAAAUACAGUGCAUUUUGACGCAGAAAAAAUGGAUUCAGUGGUCCAUCGAUGACUAUGCUUCAGCCAUUUCGUUACGGAGCGUAAGUCC